AUGAAGAAUGCGAUUGCUGUCUUGUCUCCCAUUGAAAAGCUACCUACGGAAAUCAUUCAGCACAUUGCCGAGCUAUGCACGUGGGACUCGGCUGCUCCGGUUAACGGCCGCCCUUCAGAGAAGGAUGCAUGGCGCUAUCGUCUGAGCAAUGGUGAAUCAUGCCCGGCGACUUAUGCGCGAUGUCAUGCGUAUUUGGCCCGGGCUAGCUCUCAUCUCUACGAUGUUCUUAACAAGGGAUUGUACACACGGAAUCUGGCUCGCGACCCAGGACAUCUUUCCUGUAUCCGCUGGGCGGUGAUAAAUAACCGCCUCGAGACUCUCCAGCGAGCCCAUCAAUAUGAUGGUGAUUUGUCUAGGUACAAGCACGAUCCUAUCACCGAUUUCAUACAUGUCGCUGAUGGGGUUUAUCACUUCGUCCGAGUCAACAAUGUCAAGGUCCCAUUAAAAUACCUGGAGGGACUGGCAACCCCUCUUGUUGAUGCUGUCCGCAAUGGAUUCAGCGAUAUUUUUGCGUUCCUCCUACGUUCAGGAGCGGAUGUUAACAUAUCAUGCGAACCUGAGGGGGAUUGUAGGUUCAAUAGUGGAAGCAAGGCAUACAUUUAUCCACUACAUUUGGCUCUUGCACACGGCCACACUGAGUACGCGGAGGCACUUGUACACCAUGGGGCGUAUAUGAGUGCUCAUGGGAUCUCUGCGAUCUUUGAAGUUCAUGAGAAACAGCUUCAUGAUGUAUUGGGCGUUCUACUUCAGAGGACUGAUCCGAUAUCCAUGACUGGAAAAUUACAUUUUGCAGCAAAAACACAAAAUUUGGGUCUUCUCAAAGAAAUCAUCCAUUGUCCCGGAUUGGAUAUUAAUGCCAGAGACUGGUACAUGAAGUGCGCUCUUUGCCUCGCUGUGGAAUGCCGAAGAUGA